AUGAUCGAUUUUCAUAACCAAGAUGGGGAAAGCUACUACGAAGAGGAAGAAGAGGAGAGCGAAUAUGAAAACGAAAGCACAAUCAUUAGCAACAAUAGCAGACUAGUUGGGAUAAAACCCAAGGCUCAAGCUAAUGAUGAUGUUCCAUCUCCAAAAGCCAAAAAGGACGAAGAAGAUAAAGAAGACCAUAAAUAAAGACCCUGACGAAGAUUCAGUCUACGAAGAAGAAGAGUCCGAAUACGAAACAGAAACAAUUACAAACUCAUCAGUGGAUAAGCCAGCCAAGUUAUUCCAAGGCAAAGGAAAGGAAGAGCUGAAGAAGAAAUAAGCUAGAAGAAAUUAAGAAGAAGAAGGAAGAACUCCAAAAGAAGAGACUUGAGAUGGAAAAGGAAAAGAAACAGCAAAAAGAAGGUGAAAGUUCUGAGGGAGAGUACGAAAGCGAGGAAGAAGAGAGCGAUAAUAAAACAACCUCUGAGCAGUAUAGUCAGUUUAUGAACACAUUGAAAUAAAGAAGGACCAGUUGUCGUCGGUUUCAAUUCAGAAAAGAGUGACAAUAAAGAUGAAUCAAUGAGUAGUUUGGGAAGAGAGAUUGACCCCAAAGAAAGUCCUCAAGAAGAUAAAGUACUUAAAUUUACACCCUUGGAGCCAAAGAAGGAACAAUCUCCUAAAGAAGAACAGAAGGCCAAGCCAAUUGUUUAUACUGAAUUAAAUGAACCAAAAGCUGAUCCUAAGCCAGAUUUACAGCAAGAAGUGCUUAAAGAUCCUCCAAAACCUGCUUCUCCACAGAAGCCGAAAUUAGAUAUUAUUUCAUACCAAGCGCCUGAACCAAACAAUAACCAAGAUGAAGAGGAAGAAGAGGAAUCUGAAAUGACAUAUCUAACAGAGAGCUCUAAAAAUAAAGGAAAUUUUGUGCUUGGAUUUCAAAAAGCUGCACAACCUGCUGAGGCUCCAAAAGAAGAGGAGAAGAAGGUUACAUCAGGAUCAGAAAAGCCGAAGCUUUCUGAAUGGGAUAGCACAACUUCUAAUAAACCUUCUGAUGCUCAGACAGGAUUUAAGCUCGGAAACCUAAAAAUGAAGACUGAUGAUAGAGAAGGAGUCAAAGUUAUUCGGGGUACUAAACCAGAGCAGAAACCACAACCACAAACCUUAAAGGAAGAGAAUAAGCAAGAAUCUCCUGAAAAGGCUAGUGAAUUGGACAGCCCUGAAAAUUUGAAGGAGGCCGAACUUCCUCCUGAUAUGAAACCCGAUCCAAAAGAGAUUGAAAAAGGAGAUGAGCCUAUCCGGCCUAAAAGACAGGAAACUAUCGAAAUUGAAGCAGAAUCAUCUCAAAAGAAAUCAAAACAAGCCUCAAAUUCCAAAGAGAUUAAAGAAGCAAGCGAAGGUGAAUUAGAAGAAGAGGAAAGUGAAGGUGAAUGGGAGGAAGAAGAAUCAGAAGAGGAUUCUGGAGACUUGUUCAGAAAUAUUUCCAAAAAGCCAUUCGAUCCUAUGACUGAUAAGAUGUUCGAUAUCCCUUCUGACUCAACAGAAAUGUUAAAACAAAGUAUGGAUAAUUUCAAACCAGAGCAUGAGCUAACUAAAAGUAUGAUCUCUGCUGACUUUGAAAAAGUAAAUGCUCUACCAGGCCAACACUCUAUAUCGGGAGAAGAUCUUGAGAACUUCGAGCAAAUUCAAGAGAUCAUGGUUGAGCAAGAGCUUGAAGGAAAGGGAUACAUCAACGUAAUGAAAAAGCUACCUCCUAAAAUUCCUAUUGACAGAAUUGUUCGGAAAGAUAAGAAGAAUAUGCCCAGUAUUAAAAGCUUCAGUGAAAAAUCUAAGAAGAGUGGUGGUAGCAAUGAAGAGUCUAAAAAGCUUACUCCUUCUACAGAGAAGAGACUCAGUAAAGAUAAAGAAACUGACUCCUUAGAAGAAGAAAAAGAAAUUGAUCCCUUUACCAACGAGCAGAAUGUAGCAAUGGAAAAGAUCAUUCUUGAUGAAGGGCUCAAGUCUUCAAGCGAAGAGGAGAAAAUCACUGAACUGAAGACAAAAGUAACUAGUACAAAAAGCAAGAAACAAGAGGAGGAUAAAAUGGACAAAAUCAUAGAAGGUCUCAAAGGAAAGUCAUUAUCCAAACGCAAAGGCAAGAAAGUAACAACUGAUAGUGACUCCAGCUCAAGUUAUUCUGAUGAUUCAAAUCUGAAGAAGAAGAGUAAGAAAGAUGAUUCGUGGGAUAAUAUGGGCAUCAAAUUUAAAGAUCAAAACCAAGGACGACAGCCAUUCUCUGAUUAUGAGAUUAGAGAAGCAUUCAAGGUCUUUGAUCUUAACAAGAAUGGGUAUGUGGGUGCUUCAGAAAUUAAAUUUAUUCUUGAUCAUAUGGACGAAAAUGCCAAUGAUGAAGAAAUUGAUGAAAUGGUAUCUAUGCUCGACCCAACAGGAGAUGGACAAGUAAACUUCAAGCAGUUUUACAGGAUGGCUACUGGUCAGCUUCUUCCACCUGCAGGAUUAGAGAUGCCAAAUCCUUUUGAAGAUGAUAUUGAAGAGGAAGAAAACAAAAUGGGUGAAGAUUUAGAUAUGCUUGUUCAAGAUGCUGAAAAAGAAAUCGAGAAAAUAAAAGGAAUGAAAGAGAAAAACAAAAGAUCUUCAUCAGGCAUCUCCUCCUAUGUUUCUAGUAGCUCAGAAGAAGACACUAUAAAGCUAAAAAAGAAGAAAUUCAAAAACAUUCUCUCUGGAGGAAUGUUUACUUAAAUUUCAAUCUACCAUCCACCAAAACCCCAAAACCCCAAAACCCCAAAACCCCAAAACCCCGCUACAAAGCUUCAGUGUUGAAUAUUUAAAUAUUUAAUAAACCUUCUUAAAAAACAUGCUGGCUGGCUCUAACCGACCAUUGAAGCAGUGAGUCAGAAUUCUUGCAUUUUAGCAAAUAGAACCUGCCUUAGAUGUGCUGAUGUUAACGCAGGAAGACUUUCUAUUAGAUCAAUUUGGAGAUUAUAGAGUCAGAAAUUUUUUAUGAUCUUUGAAUAGAAGAAAAGGCUACAGUAAGGAUAUUAGAGUUACAAAGAUCGAUCAAAAUGGGUGCUGUCUACAAACUCAACUCCUCAAAAUAGAGCAAUCCAGAGAAAGGCUAAAUGAAGAAGAUUCAGACCUUUAUUUAUUGUUUGGAUGCAAUGGGAGUGUGCAAAGAGCAGAUCAAAUUAAAGGAAACUAAUAAGGGGUUGGAAUCUGAAUUGUGGGCUUCUGGUAUUCAGACCACUUCCAAAUUACAAAUAGAGAUGCUCUGGUCAACACUCGAGGGACAAUAGAGGUCAACUAGAUAAGUGAAGAGAUGAAAGCAGGAGAAUGAAAACUGAGUCCUAGUCCUCAUAAUUGUUGGAAAUCUCUGAAAGAUAAAUAAUGGAUGAUAACUCUCCUUUACUCUUGUUUAGUUCUCUCAGAGUAAUGCAAACAU